AUGCAGAUAUAUAGUGCCCUUCUCAGGUACAACCUCAAGUCUCCUCGUGUUGACGAACUUGCAAGUCGAGCCUCGACUGAGGCUCUCGAUUACCGCCGCGGACUCGACGAAUGGUUCCUCCGUUGGAAGGAUUUAGUCGGAACCCUCCUUGGUGAGGAGUCUAGGGAGGUGCUUUUAUCAUGGGGGCAGUUCGGCCAUUCCCUCGCUCUCUUUUUGCUUUCCCUUCUCUGGCCCACCCCCGGAGGGAAGAUGCCGAUACUGUGCGGAGCCUUGGCCGAGGCUGGAUUGCAGCUCGUUCAGCAUCAGCAGCUGUUUGCGCGGUUGUACUCGCGGGGACAGGAAGAAACCCCUCCGGUCGUGUUUCCAACGAGCUGGGCUAUGAGCCAUGCGGUGCUGAGGAUGGGUCUAAGCACCAUCACUGAUGAAACCCUAACCUCUAGCGACGAAGCGGAGCGCUCACGACCCCUCGGUCGUUGCUCCUCGCUACUGAUGCUUCUAGAAGUUGAUCCAGACAAUCUUUUAACGGGAUUGAGCGUGAUUUUUGAAGAACUACGGAAUGACCAAAACAAGGAUCUAACCGAGGAGGAGAUUAUCACUCUCCAAGGAGCAUCGAAGGACGAUGUGGACGUUGCCGUAUUGGCCGCGCGAAAGGCCUUCGAAGGCCAGUGGUCGGAGCUGCCUGCUGUCGAGCGUGGAAAUCUCCUGCUCAAACUCACUUUUAAUGCGGCCUUGAACUUGGAUAUCGGAGCCUCCAUUAAUGUUUUCAAAUAUUACGCCGGAGCUGCCGACAAGCUCAGCGGGAGCACGAUUGAGACGAAUCCGACCAAGCUGGCAUACGUCCUACGCGAGCCCCUCGGUGUCUGCGGGCAGAUCAUCCCCUGGAACUUUCCGUUUAUGAUGCUAGCGUGGAAGGUCGCCCCGGCCCGUGCUUGUGGAAACACCGUGGUCCUUAAACCAGCCGAGCAGACGCCUCUCUCUGCACUAUACUUCGGGAAGCUCAUCGUUGAAGCCGGUUUCCCGCCCGGCGUUGUUAACAUCAUCCCGGGCCUUGGAAGUGUCUCCGGAAAGGCCCUCUCCGAGCAUAUGGACGUUGACAAGAUCGCGUUCACCGGAAGCACAGCUACUGGGAGGGCAAUCAUGCAGUCGGCAGCGUCGAAUCUAAAAAAUAUCACUCUUGAAUGUGGAGGCAAGAACCCCAGCAUCGUCUUUGAUGAUGCUGAUUUAGACCAGGCCGUCAAGUGGUGUCACGUGGGCUUCCUGGAGAUGUUUGUCGACAUCACCAGGAAGCAUCACCGCCUGGGAGACCCAUUUCACCCGGACACUUGGCAAGGACCUCAGGUAUCGAAGGCACAAUAUGACAAGAUUCUAGGAUAUAUAGAGGAGGGCAAACAGACUGGUGCACGUCUGCUCCACGGCGGUGUCAAGCAUGGCGAUGCAGGGUACUUUAUUGAGCCCACCGUUUUUGCGGAUACGACCGAAGACAUGAAAAUUGUCCAAGAAGAAAUAUUCGGGCCCGUAAUUGUCAUCUCUAAAUUCAAGACUUUCGACGAGGUAGUAGCGAAGGCCAACGACAGCUGCUACGGUCUCUCAGCAGCAGUGUUUACGGAGAACAUCACAACUGGCCACCGGUUGGCAAGAAAACUCCAGUCUGGCAUGGUUUUUGUGAACUCCUCGGGCGACGCCCACUUCGGAAUUCCGUUCGGCGGUUACAAGUCUUCCGGUAUAGGCCGUGAGUUGGGACAGUACGCCCUCGACGCGUACACACAGACCAAGGCCAUCCACGUGAACCUUGGCAACAAGCUGUAA